GCCUCCUCUGUAGGCCGAGGUGGCGAUGGCGCUCGAAGCAGUCGGCGUCCUCUUGCUCUGCCUGGCCCUCCCGAGCCUGGGAGGCGCCGACGACGAUGGCUGGGACCCGUCCGGAUACCUGCUUUACUGCCCCUGCAUGGGGAGAUUUGGGAAUCAAGCAGAUCACUUCCUUGGAUCUUUGGCAUUCGCUAAGACGAUGAAUCGGACGUUAGCUGUGCCUCCGUGGAUCGAGUACCGGCAUCACAGACCGCCCUACACAAAUCUACACGUUCCUUACCAAGAAUACUUCAAGCUGGCCCCACUCCUGGAAUACCACCGAGUCAUUAGCUUGGAGGAGUUUAUGGAGAAGCUGGCACCCACCCACUGGCCCCCUGGCAAGAGGGGGGGCUAUUGCUUCGAAGCGGCAGCUCAGAGGAGCCCUGACAAAAGGACUUGCCCCAUGAAGGACGGGAAUCCCUUUGGGCCUUUCUGGGAUCAAUUUGCGGUGGAGUUCGAUAGGUCGGAGAUAUUCGGAGGCCUCUCCUUCAGCGCCUUUUACAAGGACAGCUGGAACCGAAGGUAGGUAAAAGUGGUCCAUUUGCAGCCCGAAGUGGCCCAGAUAGACCUGUACAUCCUGGGCCAAGCCGACCAUUUUAUCGGCAACUGCGUUUCUUCCUUCACCGCCUUCGUGAAACGGGAGAGGGACGUGCACCGGAGGCCGACUUCCUUUUUUGGCAUGGACUACCCCCCUCAGCUGCGGGAUGAAUUAUAACCCACGGAGGACGAUGGGCUUCGGGGGUCUCAGGGAGGCCCAACUGGGCUUCGUGCAAAGCCUCAUUGGAAGCAGAGCUGCAGCUGAUCAGUUCUGCAGAAUCAUCUCGGUGCUGUGUUUAUUUCCCCCCCAAAAUAGUCUUAGCUGGGAGGAGAAGAGCAACUUCUUGGGAAAUCCCAUAUUUUUUCCCUUCUCUGCUUGAAUCAAGGAAUUCUCUGAGUACAUUUGACUUCCCUCCUUCCCUUCUCGCAGCCUCCUUACCUCAGAACGAAUGUCUGGACUGGUGCCGCCUUUAGCGCACAAGUAUUUUACGCCCGGCACAAUCAGUAAAUCCCCAAAAACGUUCUGGAGCUCAGCGAGUGGCAAACAGAAGACGAUUCAAUUCACCGUCGUCAGGGAUUAACAUUCGGCAGGUUUUUGUUUACCUUUUUCCAGAUUGUAUUUAAUCUCCAUCCCCUCCGCUUGGAGUCUACGAAGACUAAACUCUGAAUUUCCCGGGAUCCGUAACGUGAUUUUUGUAUCUUCAGAAUUAAUUAGCAUUGAAGCCUCUUAACGAGGAGCGGACUGCCAAGUACGUAUAUUUUUUUAAAGACAUAGUUCGGAAUAAAAGUGAGGUAUUUUUGAAGGGUUUUGUAUUUUUACAGAAAUCACAGUCUAAAAGCCGAAAUAAAGUCGUCUUUUCUAAAA